AGAGUUGAUCCAAAAAUAAAUAAAAGGCGGACAUGGCUGGAUGUUGCGGCAAUGGUGGGGUGGUGCGGCUGCCGAAGAAGAGGGAUGGAUUGUUAGGUACUAGGUGAACGAAUACGUCAAGUACAUGUCAAGUUAUUAACAAGGCGAACGCAGUCAAAGUGUCAAAGUUAGCAAAAAUAAGACUGGACGGAAAAGGAAAGAGAAGAGUGUGUGGAUUGUGGAUUUUGGAUUUGGAAGUAUUUCAGUUUUUGUUCCUAUAAACACUCCCCACUUUAUCUUUCCUUUCUGGAUUGCUUGCUAUGCUCCUCCCCAUCUCUUCCUACAAAUUUUUGUCACAGUUUGAUUAUUAUAAUAGCAUAGCAUUGGAGAUCCCGAUCGCAAUCUCAAUCUCUUCUCAACCCCUCUCUCUCUGUAUUGCAUUAAAAUUGAAAUUUCGUGAUUUGUUUUUAUAAUGUCUGGCAUGUUGAGAUGGCAGAAACUAAAGCAUAUAGCACAGCUCCACCAGCGGUUCACUCAAGUAUCCGCAAUCUCCACGCACCUGCACCACUUCAAUAUCACUAGCCAUCAUCGCCGAAGAGAGUCUCUCAUCGGAGUGCAGGCGCGCUACAAGUGGGAUCACGGCGGCUCGGGCUCCGGCGAUGCCCGCACCACCCGUAAAAUCAGGGCAGAGGCCAACUGCCCGCGCUGCUCCUUCAACCGUAUGGACCUCAUCUUCUCCGAUCGCCGCUUACCUAACUUAUCCCCUCCUCCUCCGCCGGCGGAGGAGGCCGGGAGGAAUGGCUCUGGGCUUCAGUAUCAGGCCCUCAAUCUCUGCCCCAAUUGCAAGACCGCCUACUACUUCCGACCUCACCAGGUUGCUCCCCUCCAAGGCACUUUCGUGGAGAUUGGGAGGCUCACCAACACUAACACAACCUCUUCCAAUCGCAACGCCACCAAAAUCAAAACCAAUGGUUCCAAUCCCAAUACCACAAACGACGAUACUAAUGGCCUGAGGGCAUCCUUCUGGGACACUCUGAGAUCAUAUGCCAAUGCUAAUGGGGCGUCGGAGCCACCUGGCAAUUGGCCUCAGCCUCCCCCUGGCAACGGACUUGCUGUGCAUACGCCCCCGGGCCCCCCUUUUGCACCUGGAGUUAAUGUCAUUCGCGCUACUGGAGAUGCAGAUGCAGAUGCUGGAGACAAGAAGACUGCCUGGGGCGGCUCCAAUUUGGGGAAGGAUUUGCCCACUCCUAAGGAGAUCUGCCAGGGUCUUGAUAAGUUCGUUAUUGGGCAACAAAGAGCCAAAAAGGUGCUUUCUGUUGCUGUUUAUAACCACUACAAACGAAUUUAUCAUGCCUCCUUGCACAAAGGGUCAGCAGCAGAAUCAGGAAAACCAAACACAAUAGAUAAAGAAGAUAGUGUAGAGCUAGAAAAGAGCAAUGUGCUCUUGAUGGGCCCAACUGGAUCUGGGAAGACGUUGCUUGCAAAAACACUAGCUCGAUUUGUGAAUGUGCCAUUUGUCAUUACUGAUGCAACGAAUUUAACACAGGCUGGUUAUGUUGGGGAAGAUGUCGAAUCAAUAUUGCAAAAACUAUUGGCGGCAGCUGACUUCAAUGUACAAGCAGCUCAACAAGGGAUUGUUUACAUUGAUGAAGUUGACAAGAUAACUAAGAAGGCUGAGAGUUUAAACAUUAGCAGAGAUGUUUCUGGAGAGGGUGUUCAGCAGGCUUUACUGAAAAUGCUCGAAGGAACUAUAGUGAACGUUCCUGAGAAGGGUGCGAGGAAGCAUCCACGGGGUGAUAACAUACAGAUAGAUACGAAAGAUAUCCUUUUUAUUUGUGGUGGAGCAUUUGUAGAUCUUGAAAAAACCAUUUCAGAGAGACGACAAGAUUCUUCUAUUGGCUUUGGUGCUCCUGUCCGUGCCAACAUGAGAGCUGGUGGUGUAACCAACGCAAUACUGACAUCAUCUUUACUUGAAUUGGUUGAAAGUGCUGAUCUCAUUGCAUAUGGACUCAUACCCGAGUUUAUUGGACGUUUUGCAAUAUUAGUUAGUUUAUCUGCUUUAACUGAAGACCAACUUGUUCAGGUACUGACGGAACCAAAAAAUGCCCUUGGUAAGCAGUACAAGAAACUAUUUAGCAUGAACAAUGUGAAGCUGCAUUUCACGGACAAAGCACUAAGACUCAUGGCAAAGAAAGCGAUGGCUAAGAAUACCGGUGCCAGGGGAUUAAGAUCGAUAUUGGAAAGUAUUCUAACCGAAGCCAUGUAUGAGAUUCCGGAUGUUAAAACAGGAGAAGAUAGAGUAGAUGCUGUAGUGGUUGAUGAGGAGUCUGUGGAUUCAGGAAAUGCCCCUGGAUGUGGAGGGAAGAUUAUUCGAGGGGACGGUGCAUUGGAAAGAUACCUUCGUGAAAUAAAGUUGAAAGAAUCAGUGGAGUAUGUCGAGGUAGCUGAACGGGAGUCGGAGGGAGAAUCAGAACAUUCCAGGGCUAUGAGCAUGUAACUAUAAUACCAUCAUAGUUGUUAUAAUAUGUAAAAUUUCUUUAUUGUUAUUUGUAAAAUUAACAUUCAUAAUCUGGUGUAAAUACCCUAUUAUAGAAUGAUGUAGCUUCUGAUUCAAAUUAACCAGAAAAGAAGAAAGAAAGAGAGCAAAAAAUGUAGCAUGUCUGAUUUAUUUAAAUCUUUGCAAUUGAGGUU